AUCUCUUCAAUGCGCAACCGGAAGCACGAGUUUCAAAUUUUUGUUUAUGUCUGUGUCUGGACCUGUCUGCGGAGAGCGCCAGGGAGUAAACUAACGAUUUCCAGCUCGGAUAACAUUUGCAGAAAGAUGUAGCAUUGUAUCCAAAUUAUGGAGACAGAAGAAUGAAGGCUAAGAAAGGGAGAUGUCGGCUGAGCCCGAACGAAGAGGCUCGGCUGAUGAAGGAAGAGACGGAGAAACGGAGGCGACUCAGGCUACAACAGGUGAGAGAGCAGUCCAGUCAAAAUGCUGCUAGGAUCCGCCAAGCUGUCAAACAGGAAAAGAACAGGCAGCUCCAAAAGUUGGCUUCAACCCUUCAGAAUAAUCUGGAGAACGAGAAGGAGGAAAAGAUCAGACAUUUGGAGAACCAGUAUGAGAACAGUUUACGAAGUAUAGGUCAAGGUCACAGGGAAGCCAGUGAACAGGUGGACGUGGAAGAAGAGCGCUACCUUUUACAGCAGGAGUCCAACAGACGAGCAGACAAUCGGUACAAACAGGCCCUGGAGAAACAGAGACGUGAACAGAUGUUCCAGGAAUAUGAACAAAAGUACCAGAUCAUUGCCAGACAAGUAGCCUUAGAUGCAGAGAAAGAGAGAGCCAAAACUAUAGCUUCUUUACCUCCUCCUCCAAAAGAUCCAGUUCUUGAUCUGGCUCAACCUGAGCGUAAGUCUGUGAAGAUGACUGAUAUAGAUAACUUCACCACAACCCACUAUAUAUAA